AACAACGCUUCCUUCUUCCACGCUUCUUCACCUCACAUCAUGCACCACACCUUCUCUACUAAUUCCUCCAAUAACUAUUACCCCUUCCAUGUGUCCGAAAUUACCGAGCCACCCUCCCACCAAGAUAGAGCCCUUGCUGCCAUGAAGAACCACAAAGAAGCUGAAAAGAGAAGGAGGGAGAGAAUCAAUUCCCACCUCGACGAACUUCGCACUCUUCUGCCUUGUAAUUCUAAGACAGACAAGGCUUCGCUUCUGGCGAAGGUGGUUCAACGAGUGAAAGAGCUGAAGCAGCAAACCUCGGAAAUCACUGAACUCGAAACGGUUCCAUCGGAAACAGAUGAGAUCACCGUGCUAUCCACCGGCGGCGAGUAUUCCGGCGACGGAAGACUCAUAUUCAAAGCCUCUCUUUGCUGCGAGGACCGUUCCGACCUCAUCCCUGAUCUCAUAGAAAUCCUGAAAUCUCUUCAUCUCAAAACCCUGAAAGCGGAAAUGGCAACGCUUGGAGGGAGAACGCGCAACGUUUUGGUGGUUGCUGCUGAUAAAGAACACAGCAUUGAAUCCAUUCACUUCCUUCAGAACUCGCUCAAGUCUUUGUUAGACCGAUCCAAUUCCAGUGACAGGUCAAAACGACGCCGUGGCUUAGACCGAAGGCUAAUGCCUUAAAUA